GAUGGCAAAUUUGUGAUUUCAGCUAAUUCGAGGGGUUAUGGAUGGCAUUUUGUUUCUUCGAGUAACUGUCAUAUAGAACGAGGAACGGCGGAAAAGAGAGAAGAGAAGCAGAGGGAGGAGGGGAGUUCGGUUAGAUCUGAAAAGCUUUGAAAGAGAGAAAUGGAUGGGGAAGAGGGACAAGUGAUCGCUUGCCACACCGUCGAAUCAUGGACCGACCAUCUUCAGAAGGCCAAUGACUCCAACACCCUCGUGGUGGUUGAUUUCACGGCAUCAUGGUGUGGACCAUGCCGAUUCAUCUCGCCCUUCUUUUCUGAAUUGGCCAAGAAACUCCCCGGUGUCAUGUUCCUCAAGGUUGACGUCGAUGAGCUCAAGUCGGUGGCAAGUGACUGGGCGAUAGAGGCGAUGCCGACGUUCAUGUUCUUGAAGGGAGGGAAGAUUGUGGACAAGGUGGUCGGCGCCAAGAAAGACGAGCUUCAGCAGACCAUCGCCAAGCACAUGGCUUGAUCCAUUCUCUAUUACACCCAUCCUUCACUUUCACCUAUCAAUGUUAUCAUCCUUUGUUUUCUUUCAACAAGUCUUUGGUUAAAAACACUGUUGUUAGUCUUGAGGACACGUCUGAACAACUUCAUGGAGUUUUCAAACUGAUCAAAGGAUUGUUGUCUCAUCGAGAGUUAUUACAUUUGCUGUCUUUGUUUAUUAAUUGUCUGAUGGUUCCUUUCUCUUUUUAAUUUUUCUAAAUAAACAAA